AUGUCUACCAGCCAAGGAGUAAAUGUGCUGCGGUACUCCGCGCUGUUGGUUGGCAUAUUCUACGGGUUCUCUCAUCAAAGGACGUUGAAUGCCAAUACCCGAGCAGCUCACGCCCAGCAAGAAUACCAUCAUAAGGAAGACCUAAUAAAACAAGCCAAGAAGGCAUGGGCCGAGAAGCAACUACCUCCGGACCAGCGAGCAAAGGGUGAUGGUGUGAUUACGGACCCCGAUGAUAAGAAUUUCGACUUGGAAGCAUAUUUGAAGAAGGUGGAGGCUGAGAGCUGA